UUUCGGUGAAUAUUAUGAACGUUUACCAAGCAUUCUAAACUAAGUUGUCGUAGACUAAUUUUCUAAAAACAAAUAAAUCAAAAAGAGAGAAAAGAAAGAAAGAAAACGUCACGUAAUUUGAAGAAAGCGCGGCAGGAAUCGCAGCGUUGGAUGAUAAUGACGUUCUGCUUACAGCUCAGUCGAAACGUUCGCUCAUUUCCUCUGAAAGUGAAACAAACCCAUUUCACUCAACUAGAAGCUGCUUAAAGUACCACCACCCAGUUUGAAACUUUGUGUUUUUGUUUCGAGAAGAAAUCCCCCCACCAAGUUAUCAACUUCUGAAGAGACUUUUCUUCUUUUCGACGCUUUUAUUUGACCCUGUCAGCCGUCGGCUUCACAGCUCUAGCUCUAACGACGGAGAUGGACAGGACACUGCUGAACAAAAUUGACGAGGGACUGGAGUCUACAGAGGUAGAGGAGCUGUGCUUCCUGUGUAGCGACAUCGUCAAGAGAAGGCAACUUGAGGACAUCAAGUUUGCAAGGGACUUGUUCCUGAAACUGGAGGAGAAAGAUUUCUUGAACAGUGCAUUCCUCGCUGAGCUGCUCCGCACCAUCCAACGAGAAGAUCUCUUCAACCAGCUGAAGAGCGACAGCAGUGAAAGGGAGGAAACGGACGCCUCUCCUGCUUACCUGUCUGAAUACAGGUUGAUGCUCUAUAAAUUACACAUGGAUUUGACCAACAUCUAUGUGGAGAAGAUGAAGUUUCUACUCGGCGAUCACAUUGCCAAACGACAACUGGACACCUGCAAAACGGCUUUAAACGUGUUUGCUGAAAUGGAGAAGGCAGGUAUGAUCACUAAAAACAACGUCGAUAAACUCCACAAGCUCAUGAUCGACAUUGAGAAUAAACCGCUGGAACAUACUGUCAAAGGGUUCAAAGAUAGGCUCCCUCCAACAGGUGCAGAAGGAGGUGUUAACAAUCAUAACGGACAACAGGCGAAGGCGCCACCCGAAGACACAGACGAGUUCUACAGUCUGACACAGGAUCCUCGAGGUUUGUGUGUGAUCAUCAACAACGAGGACUUCAAAGGACCUAAAUACAAAAAACGUCUUGGAAGCAAAAAGGAUAACGAAAAUCUGAGCAAUCUGUUCAAACGCUUCGGCUUUGUUCCGGAAAUACACGAAGACCUGACAGCCGAUAAGAUUACAGAGACGCUCAAAGAGCUGUGCAAGAGGGACUUUUCUAAAGACGAUGCUUUGGUGGUGUGUCUGCUAUCCCACGGAGAAAAAGGUGCCAUCAUCGGAAUCGAUGAAAAGGAUGUGAUGCUGGAACAAAUAUUUGAGUCGUUCAAGAACGUUUCCACCUUGUUUGGGAAGCCCAAGCUCUUCUUCAUUCAGGCAUGUCAGCAGGAGGUGUCUCAAAGGACAAACCGGGAAGAGCCAUCCAAAGAGACGCCAUCCAAUUCUGUCUACUCGGAUGCAAGUCGUCCUUCUACGGAUGGAGACAUUUUGAUUGGCAUGGCCACAGUGCCUAACAGCAUCGCUUUUCGGCACACGGAAAAUGGCUCCAUAUACAUCCAGGUACUCUGCCAGGAGCUGAAAAAUGCAGCUGAAAGUCCCCGGAGAGAGAUGACAUACACCGUCUUAACGCAUGUGAACAGGAAGGUCCACAGCCAUUUUCAGAUACCUAGUAGGCAGAUGCCAGAGCCCAAAUACACUCUCACCAAGAGGCUCGUCUUGAGAUUUGUUUGAACUGUCUGGAACCGUGACUACGUAUUCGAUGAUCUGAUAUGCGCUGGAUUCUAGUUUACAAGUGUGUAUGGGUAUGAGUCUUUGAGUUUCUGAAUGGUUCUGUUUGUUAGGUAAAUUUUUGCAUUUUGGUAAAUCAAACAUAAAAGUUGUCAUAGAAUCACAUAUUUUGAAAUUUAAUGAAAUAAAUCGAAAAGGAAAUGAAAAAAGGU